AAUGAAACGGAGACCAUUUCCUUUUCACGGCCCUGUGCGAACUCAAACGAGAAAGCUCUGCGGAAACUGUGCUUUGAUUGACUUUAUUUAACCCGGUUAAACUGGAUGUUGACUAGAACAGACAUCGCCUGCGUUCAUUGCCGCAGUAUAUCGUGAAGCUGCGGGGAGGGUAUUUUGCCAAGAGGAUAUCUAAUGCUCUGAUGGUACCAGCUCACCUGUGACGUCUGAGAGAAGACACACUACCCCACACCCUCACCAUGUCUGGGAUCCAGGCAGCCUGGCCACCCAACACAGAGUGUGUGGCCAAAUAUAACUUCCAGGGCACCACGGGUCAGGACCUGCCCUUCUUCAAGGGAGACGUGCUCACCAUCAUCGGUGUCACCAAGGACCCAAACUGGUACAAGGCUAAGAACCAGGUGGGCAGAGAGGGCACCAUCCCCGCCAACUACGUCGUGAAGAGAGAAGGGGUGAAGUCGGGGGGCAAGCUCAGUCUCAUGCCAUGGUUCCACGGGAAGAUCUCCCGGGAGAUGGCGGAGCGGCUGCUGUACCCGCCCGAGACCGGCCUGUACCUGGUGCGCGAGAGCACCAACUACCCCGGCGACUACACGCUGUGCGUCAGCUGCGACGGCAAGGUGGAGCACUACCGCAUCAUCUACCACAACGGCAAGCUCAGCAUCGACGAGGAGGAGUUCUUCGAGAACCUCAUGCAGCUGGUGGAGCACUACACCAAAGAUGCCGAUGGCCUGUGCACCAGACUCAUCAAGCCAAAGCUGAUGGAGGGAACAGUGGCAGCCCAGGACGAGUUCUCCAGGAGCGGCUGGGCUCUAAACAGAAAAGAGUUGAAGCUCAUCCAGACCAUCGGAAAAGGAGAGUUCGGCGAUGUGAUGGUGGGAGACUACAGGGGGACCAAGGUGGCCGUGAAAUGCAUCAAAAACGACGCCACAGCUCAAGCCUUCAUUGCAGAGGCCUCAGUCAUGACGCAACUGAGACACACUAACCUUGUGCAGCUGCUGGGUGUGAUCGUAGAGGAGCGAGGAAGCCUCUACAUAGUCACCGAGUACAUGGCCAAGGGCAGUCUUGUGGACUACCUACGCUCCCGAGGCAGAACAGUGCUUGGUGGAGAGUGCCUACUCAAAUUCUCACUUGACGUGUGUGAAGCAAUGGAGUACCUGGAGGCCAAUAACUUUGUGCACAGAGACCUGGCGGCCAGGAACGUUCUGGUCUCAGAAGACAACAUCGCCAAGGUGAGCGACUUCGGCCUGACCAAGGAGGCGUCAUCCACGCAGGACACUGCCAAGCUCCCCGUCAAGUGGACGUCUCCCGAAGCUCUCAGAGAGAAGAGGUUUUCCACCAAGUCGGACGUGUGGAGCUACGGCAUCCUGCUUUGGGAGAUCUACUCUUUUGGCCGCGUGCCUUACCCCAGAAUUCCAUUGAAGGAGGUGGUUCCGCGUGUGGAGAAGGGCUACAAGAUGGACUGCCCCGACGGCUGUCCGCCGGUGGUGUACGACCUGAUGAAGCAGUGCUGGACUCUGGACUCCGUGGUGCGGCCCUCCUUCCGCAUGCUCCGCGAGAAGCUGCAGCACAUCAAGUCCAAGGAGCUCUACCUGUGAGCCAACCAGAGAGAGAGAGAGCGAUAGAGAGGUGGAGAAAUGAAGGAGAGAGAGAGAGAGGGCGCGAGCGAGCGAGCGAUGAAGAGGAAGAGAGGGAGCGAGGGAGCACUGAACGCGGAGAGAGAAGGGAGGUGAAGAAAGAGAUGGGAGGAGAGCGGAGCUGGGACUUGCCUUCCUCACUCGCUCAAACCAUGGACCACAACCUAAAACCCGCACUCAUGUCGUUUUUUGUUUUUGGAUUUUUGUUUGUUUUUGUUUUUGCUUUCCUUUGUUUUUCUUUUUUGAAAAUGUGUCUUUAUUCUGGACGGUCUAGCUCUCCUCCACAAUGAGAAAGGAACACCCCACUCUUUGUUCCCCAUGUGUGUGUGUGCACGUGUGUGUUUGUGCGUGAGUGUGCACGCGCAUGCAUUCGUGCAUUCAAGCGUGUGCGUUGCUUAAACCAGACUGCCCUCUCCACAUUUUUUUUUCUUCCCCCUCCCCUUUUCUCUCUCUCUCUCUCUCUCUCUCUCUCUCUUUCUCUUCUGUCUCUCCAUCUCUGUCCAUUUGAUCUCUCUUUUUACAGCCUUUCGUUGUCUCUCCUGCUUCUCUCACUGCAGAUGUGACAGUGAUGGGAGUGAGGCUGGCCUUUUUCCCACACACCUGUCAGGUGCUUCAUCCCUCUCUCUACCUCUCUCUUUUUCCCCUCACUCCUUUCCUCUCCUCAUUCCAUCUUCCUCUAAGGGCAUUCCCUUACUCCAGCCCCGCCGCCCCCCCCCCUCUUUUGCGUGGCGCUGGUUCCAGCUGCAUGCUUCCUGUUCGUUGUCUCUCUGUGUGUGUGUGUGUGUGUGUGUGUGUGUGUGUGUGUGUGUGUGAGAGAGAGAGGGUCUGUGUGAGUGUGUGUAUGUGAUCAGGGGAGGGCUUCACUCUGUGCCAAAGUGCCUCCAGAUUACAGAGCUCCAGCCUCCAUCUCCCUGACCUUGACAACCUUGACCCUGUGACCUUCAACCUUGACCCCCCCCCCCCCCCCACCCCAAUUCCCAACCCCGCCCUCCACGUCACACAGACUGUUCUGUAUUUGUUUGUUUUUUAUUUCUUUUUUAUUAAUCUGUUUGUUGUACUGAUUUUAUCUUUUUUUACUCUUCUCGUUAAUUGUCUGUUUUUGUUUUGUUUUUGUUUUUUGUUUUUGUUUUUGUUUUUUUGCUUAGUGCCGUUGACUCGCCUGAUUGGUACUGUCCGUCUAUCUCAGCAACCGUAAACUGACUCUCUCUCUCUCUCACACACACACACACACACACACACACACACACACACACACACACACACACACACACACACACCUACACCAGUGUUAAACACAACUGUUAACUGACUUGUACAAUAUUCAUACACAAUAGUGUAUGUAUAGGGACUUUAAAUGGCUCUUAACCACACACACACACACACACACACACACACACACACACACACACACACACACACACACACACACACACACACACACACACACACACACACACACACACACACACACACAUACACACACACACACACAGACAUUGCAACACAUCUUACUCCAGACUUUGUCUCUCUGUGGCGACAUGAUGCACAGUACCCAUCAGGAGGGUGGGGAGGCAGCCCUGAGGAACGGUUUUAAAACUUCAUCUGUACGUGGGUUUGUUUUAUAUUAAAAUAUAUUUAAAGGAUUAAAAAAAAACAUAAUGGAGUGGACGAAAGAAAGGAAUAUGACUAAUGAAAGCAUCUGCACUGAGAAGCGACUCAAGAUCCUGAAUUGAAGGAGGAGCAGGAAAAAUAUGUGUGUGUGUGUGUGUGUGUGAUUGCGUGCAUGUGUUGGACUGAGUGGGUGUGUGACUGAGUGUGUGUGUGUGUGCGUGCAAAAACCCUCGCCAGGCAAGAGCUGCAUGCUGGCUGUGUGAGGCCUUGGUUUAAAACUGUCAGUGCUUUCUGUGUCUCAUCCGUUUAUUAUGCUGCCAUGGUUACCAAUAAAUCAUUCCAUCUGA